AUGCAGUCCCUGACUGAGGAGAUCCAGAGUUUCUCUCGGACGCGACUGAGGAAGCAGUGCACCCGCGUGACAUCACUGAGCGGCCGGCGCAUCAUCGAGACCUGGAAGGGCUCUACGAUCACUGUGGUCGAAGACCCCGCUCCCCCAGAGAAGAUGCUGGGUUACGUCCCGGACACGUCCUGGGACCUGCAGGUCGGCGUCGUCAAGCCCUACCUGCUGCUGGGUUCUCAAGAUGCUGCACAUGAUUUUGGCACUCUGAAAAAACACAAGGUGUCUCACAUCCUGAACGUGGCGUUCGGGGUGGAGAAUGUGUUUCCUGACCUGUUCAUCUAUAAAACCGUCAGUAUUCUGGAUCAUCCCGACGCUGAUGUGCUGCUUCACAUCCAGGACUGUUGUGACUUCAUCCAGCUGGCUCGCAGCGAGAAAGGCGCGGUGUUGGUCCACUGCAACGCCGGUGUGUCGCGGGCACCGGCAGUUGUCAUUGGCUAUCUGAUGUCAUGUGAAGGCCAGUCCUUUGACGCCGCCCUCUCAUUGGUCAAAUCGGCUCGUUCCGCCUCGUCCCCCAACCCUGGCUUCUUGGAACAACUGAGGAACUACAAAACGCCGAUGAUGAACGGAUCCAAGCACUGA